GUUCCGCCCUCCCGCCUUUCUCCAUGUGUCUUGGCUUCCUCGCGUUCAGGAAGUCCUGGUGGGAGACUAGGCCUGAGUCCUCCAGGUACCUGAAAACUUCCUUAAGCUGCAGUUGCUGUGCCGGCUUCCUAGGACAUUCAUCAGCUGGUCCUGUCACCCUGCCAGGUCUCUAUAUGCUCAGCCAAUCUCCAUAAUUGUAAAUCAAAACUAAGAGCCCUGGACGGUAAAGGCCAAAGAGACUUCUAACAAAGGAUCCAGGAUUUUUAAUUUGGAAGGAUUUGCUGGCCUUGUGAGUAGCUACUUGUGGUUCACAUUGUUCUCCAUUCUGUGGUUUACAGAUUUACUGUGUUCAUGAGGAAUCAUUCCUAGCUUUCAGCUUUGUAGUUUUCAAACCUGGUUGUGAAAUUUCAAGAACACUUCCAAUAUUUGAAUCUGUGAGAAGAACAACAAAAAGAAUGAGUGUGGCUCUGGGAAACACUCUACAGGGUUUCUUAACCUUCAAGGAUGUGGCUCCAGAGUUCACACUAGAGGAAUGGGAAAGUCUCAAUUAUACUCAGCGGGCACUGUACAUGGAUGUGAUUUUGGAGACGUACAACAAUCUAUUGUCUGUGGAAAAUAAUCUGAUAGGUGGAAAACAUGGGAAUGUCUUGGAACAAGACACAGAGUGCAUUGUCCAUGAGCAUAUGAAUAUCCAAAAGAACUUUUGUAAAUGGGAUGAAAUUAGCAAUAUGACUCUUGAAUCCACCCAAAGUACACCUCAUAAAACUCAUCUCCGAGAUUCCUCCCUUCAGGCCUCAAACCUGAAAAGACAUAGAGCUGGGAAAAUGAGAGAAGUUUACAAAUAUAAAGACUGUGUACAGUUUUCAAAUGAAUGUGCUAUCAUUGGUGUAAAUUCUGGAAUCCACAUAGAGAACAAAGAACACAAAAAUACAGAAUUUGAUAAGGAUUUUGUCUAUAAACAUAAACUGAUGCUAAAACAAGACAUUAAUGGUAAGAACCUUCACCAAUGUAGUACAUGCGAUAAAUGCUUUGCCAGAAAAGGGAAACUUCAUUUGCAUCAGAGAAUUCAUUCAGGAGAGAAACCUUACAAAUGUAGUCAAUGUGACAAAUGUUUUGCCCAAAAAUCGUGUCUUAUGCGUCAUCAAAGAAGCCAUUCAGGAGAGAAACCUUACAAAUGUAGUCAAUGUGACAAAUGUUUUGCCCAACAAUCGUGUCUUAUGCGUCAUCAAAGAAGCCAUUCAGGAGAGAAACCUUACAAAUGUAGGCAAUGUGACAAAUUCUUUGCCCAAGUAUCCUAUCUUAGUAUUCAUCAGAGAAUUCAUACAGGAGAGAAACCUUUCAAAUGCAGUGAAUGUGACAAAUGCUUUACUGAAAAAGCCACUCUGAGAAACCAUAUUAGAAUUCAUACAGGAGAGAAACCAUACAAAUGCAGUGAAUGUGAUAAAUACUUUAGGCUGCAAUCCUAUCUUAGUAUUCAUCAGAGAAUUCAUACAGGAGAGAAACCUUUCAAAUGCAGUGAAUGUGACAAAUGCUUUACUCAGAAAAGCCAUCUGAGAAACCAUAUGGGAAUUCAUACAGGAGAGAAACCUUUCAAAUGCAGUAAAUGUGACAAAUGCUUUGGCUACAAAGACAGUCUGAGGACUCAUCAAAGAGUUCAUACAGGAGAGAAACCAUACAAAUGCAGUGAAUGUGACAAAUGCUUUACUCAAAAAGGCCCUCUGAGAAACCAUAUGAGAAUUCAUACAGGAGAGAAACCUCUCAAAUGCAGUAAAUGUGACAAAUGGUUUGGCCACAGAGUUAGUUUGAGAAAUCAUCAGAAAAUUUGUACAGGAGAGAAACCAAACAAAUGUGGUUAAUAUGACAAAUGUUUUACCCAAAACUACAGUGUUCGUGUACGUCAGAGACUUCAUACAUGAGAGCAACUUUACAAAUGUGGUGAAUGUGACAUAUGCUUUGGCCAACAGUCUCAUCUUAGUAUUCAUCAGAGAAUUCAUUUAGGACAAAAACCUUUCAAAUUUCCUUUAUGUGGGAAAUACUUUACCCACUAAGUCUUAAUUCAUCAGAGAAUUCAUACUGGAGAGAAACGAUGUAAGUGAACUGAAUGUGACAAAUCUUUUACUCACAAAGUUACUUUGACGAUUGUUCAGAGAAUUCAUCCAGGAGAAUAAAUUUACAAAUGUGUGACAAAUACUUUACCCAUAAAUGCAGUCUUCAAGUACAUUAGAGACUUCAUAGAGAGAAACCUUACAAAUGCAGUGAAUGUGACAAAUGCUUUACCCAAAUGUUCGCCUAAGAAGGCAUCAGAGAUUUCACACAUGAGAUAAUACUACUUGCAAGUGUGAUGUACAUGAAAAAUGCAUUAACUACAAUGUAGUCUGAUGUAUUAAAUACAGUAGAGAAACAUUAUAAAUUUAGUCAAUAAAACAAUUCUUU